GCAGCAGCUCCGAGCCGUUGGUGCUUCUUCCCUCCCGUACGGGCUCAGACAGCCAUUGCUUUCCGACUUCAGCUACAGUGAUAGCUAAGUUUGGGAAGGAGAAAAGAGGAGAGACGCCGUAUCUUUUUUUUUUUUGCGGGUGUUGUUGUUGCCGUCGUUACCUACAGUAAGCAGCUGCGGUGGUCCGGGGUGGACCCUCCCCCCCACACACACACACACACCUCAACCCCCCUUUUGGGGCACAAAAGAGGAGACAGCGUAAAUACAACAACAACAAGUAGAGCAUAAAAUAGAAAAGGGAAUAUUCACUGGGGUAGUUUUUGGACAGCGUAACAAUGGAUACCUCUGGACCGAAGAAGACGUGCUGUGAGUCCGUCCGAGACUUCUUCACCUCGGCUAAAUUCCUCAUUUACAUGGGACACGCCAUGUCAACAUGGGGCGACCGAAUGUGGAACUUUGCCGUGGCGGUUUUCCUGGUGGAGCUGUACGGGAACAGCCUGCUGCUCUCGGCCGUGUACGGGCUGGUGGUGGCCGGCUCCGUGCUGCUGCUGGGGGCCAUCAUCGGGGACUGGGUGGACAAGAACCCCAGACUCAAAGUGGCCCAGACUUCGCUGCUCGUCCAGAACAGUUGCGUCAUCCUGUGUGGGAUCCUACUGAUGGUUAUUUUCCAGUUCAAAGAACAGCUUGUGGAGCUUUACAAUGGAUGGAUUCUGACCACCUGCUACAUUCUGGUGAUCACCAUCGCCAACAUCGCCAACCUGGCCAGUACGGCGACGGCCAUCUCCAUCCAGAGGGACUGGGUGGUGGUGGUGGCCGGCCGGGACAGCAGCUCGCUGGCAGACAUGAACGCCACGGUGCGGAUCAUCGACCAGCUGACCAACAUCCUGGCCCCCAUGCUGGUGGGUCAGAUCAUGGCGUUCGGCUCCCCGUUCAUCGGCUGCGGCUUCAUCUCCGGCUGGAACCUGUGCUCCAUGUGCGUGGAGUACGCGCUGCUGUGGAAGGUCUACCAGAAGACGCCGGCGCUGGCCUCCAAAGCCGGCGUCAAGCAGCCGCAGCAGGAGCUCAAACGGCUCGGCUCGCCCAAAGACUCGGAGAGCGGCCAGAGUCCCGAGGACUCGUCCCAGCCGCUGAUGAACGAGACCUCGGCGGCGGCGGCGGCCGACUCGCCCAAGAGCCGCGGCUGCUGCUACCAGGCGAGCGAGCCGCUGCGCACCCUGAAGGCCGGCUGGGUGGCGUACUACAACCAGAACAUCUUCCUGGCCGGCAUGUCGCUGUCGUUCCUCUACAUGACGGUGCUGGGCUUCGACUGCAUCACCACGGGCUACGCCUACACGCAGGGCCUCAACGGCUCGGUGCUGAGCCUGCUGAUGGGGGCGUCGGCGGUGGCGGGCAUCUGCGGCACCGUCGCCUUCACGUGGGUCCGCAAGCGGUGCGGCCUGAUCCGCACGGGCUUCUUCUCCGGCGCCGCCCAGCUGGCGUGCCUCAUGCUGUGCGUGGUGUCCGUCUUCGCCCCCGGGAGCCCCUUCGACCUCAGCGUCUCGCCCUUCCAGGACAUUUACACGCACCUGAUGGGAGAGAAGGCGCUGCCGGAGGCCGAGCACCUCACCGGGCUGUUCGCCGGCGGCAACGCCACCACGCCUUCGCCCGCCGAAGAGCUGCCGCCGCUGCCGUCCUACAUGUCCGUCAGUCUGCUGUUCGCCGGAGUGAUCGCCGCUAGAAUCGGCCUGUGGUCCUUUGACCUGACGGUGACCCAGCUCAUCCAGGAGAACGUGAUCGAGUCGGAGCGAGGCGUGAUCAACGGGGUCCAGAACUCCAUGAACUACCUCCUGGACCUGCUGCACUUCAUCAUGGUGAUUCUGGCCCCCAACCCGGAGGCCUUCGGCCUGCUGGUCAUCAUCUCCGUGUCCUUCGUGGCCAUGGGUCACAUCAUGUACUUUGGAUUUGCCUUCAAGAGCCUGGGCAGUCGCCUCUUCCACUGCUGCUCGCCGGAGCAGAAGCUGGAGCCGGCAGACGGCCUCUCACUUCCGACCGUCGCCUAAACCGACCCGCCCUGCUUUUUUUUGUUUUAAAGAGACUCCGUCCGAGGUACAUAUUUCUCAAGCCGUACCCCGAAACCCCCUUUGCAUCUUAUCUUAACUAACACCGUUGCUUGUUGCUGUCAGGAUGCUGAAGCUAACGUGAGCCAGGGAAAGGUAACUUAACAUAGCUAUGCAGACUGUAGCCCCAGCAUUCAGCAAGGAGGGCAGUAGAACGCUUGGAGUCAUAGAAAAAUAAUGCACAGUAAAAGUGAAGAGUGAGGGUCCUCAAACGUUGCUUUUUUUUAAGUCGGGGGGGGGGGGGGGGGUGAGUUGAUAGCCUCGGCCUCAUCUGCGGGGUGGGGUCAAACGAGGACCCCGUCACGUCUCCUCCGCCCCGCAGCCUGGAUCCAUCUGCAGAGCUUCAGAGUUUCAGUCAAGGGGCUUCAGCUAACUAACGGACAGAAUCAGAGCGCUUGCUGCUCUCUGAUUGGCCGAGCCUGCACACGUAGGAUGCGCUAGUUGCGGAUGUCUUCCUCCAGAGAUGUAGGAGGGGGGGGGGGGGAGGUGCUCUUUAUUUAACCAAACACACAACUGGGUCUCGUCUCUUUUUUAAUACACAGUUAUCAGGAUUAUGCAGUUGACUGUAUGUAUUCAGGAAAUGCAGUGCUUUAAAAAAAAAAAAUUUGUAUCAUCAGUAUUGUAUUCCAUAAGACAGAAAAGAGAAAUUCCUAUGCAGUCUUGUCGAUACCGCUCUGUUACCAAAGUCAGAAGUCCACCUGUGGCAUAAAAAAGAAGUGAGGGAAACCAGGUGUCUGUCCGAAGCGUUCCACAUAUAUAUUUGUACAUCAGCUGACGGAAAUAUACCUGGAGACGUGUUCACCCGCUCUGCGAUUGUACUUCAACUAGGUUUUUUUCUGAUGGUUUUUUACAUCAUCACGUGUCAUUUUUCGGCACCUUUUUUUUGGGGGGGGGGGGGGGUGUUCUCUUCUCUCUUUUUCUUCUUUUAAAAAAACAAACAAGAACAUCCUGACUGUUGGUACACCGGCACUUUGAGUGAUUGCCGUCUGUCGUUACGGCGAACGCGGUGCGAUCGGGCAUUUGAUCAAUUUGAUCUUUGCACAAGCCGGUCCCGACUCUCCCGCAGACAUGCGUGUGAUCGUACUUCAAUCACUUCUCUGUGGGGGGGUUGGGUGGGGGGUCAAAGUUCUGACACGUUGACAUCUUUUGCUUUCUAGUCGAGCAGCAUUUUAUAUUUCAAUAGCAUCUCAUGGAAGUUUGUGGAUUUUCUUCUUCUUUUUGCACGCUUUUUGUAAGAAAAAUAUUAUUUUCCAUGCAAAAAAAAAUAAACAUUCUGAGAAUCAUCGACAUUUGGAAAGUAGCUUUUUACUUCACCGUUGACACAAUUUUACGAUAAAUGCUAAAUGUCAAACGUUUUUUCUAACAUGAUCCACCAUAAGCUCCUGGUCCUAUCACACCCGGUAGCUCCCACCUGAAGGAGGAGUGAUGGGACCAGCACAGUAACUCAUGUCGCUGCCACUCGUUCCUUUUCCACCUCUGUUGCCUUCGUUGUCGACGAGCCUCGACGGCUGUGAAACGCACAACACGUGUGGCUGCGGCGGCCGUGAAGAAGUCUAGACAGUUUUUUGGGGGGUAAGAAAUAUAUUUAGGUUGGAAACCGAGGUGCAGGAGAACAGAAGGCCACUUUUCAGCAGCACAUGCUGAGUCAGGAUAUAAUAUGCAGGUGUGCCACGAGGUGCCAACGCACUCAGCGGCGGUGGAGCCGGGGUCCAACGUAAACCUCAAACUCAGUCUGGGAACAACCAGCUCUUACAAUGCUCGGUCUGCUGAUUCAGGAACAAUCGGACAUCGCAAUAACUGUCUUUUUUUCAUGUAAACAACAGCGGUCAGUCAAUAUAUACUUACUUCAAUACACAAUUUGAAAAUGCAACAAAAACAAUUAUAUAUAUAUAUAUUGUGUGUUUGGUUGUUGUUGUGCUGUUGGUCUAGAAAUGUUGACUUUUCCACUUUUUCUACAUGUUUUACACCUAGUGUUAAGAUUUUGUGUUAAAUUACCUUUGAACAAAUUUGUGUAUAAAAGCAAUCGCUUCUUAUUAUUUCUGUAUCAUACUGCUUUGAAUCUGGCUCUACAUAAAUAUAUUCCUCUCUGUAUAUAUAUAUAUACAUAUACCGGUGUUAUUGUAGUACAAUAGACGAAAAGCAUUCAAUCGUAAAGAAAUCAUGUUUUUUGUUGUUGUUGUUGUUGCUUGUAUGACAUUUUGUGUUUUGAUCCAUGUGUGUGUGUACUGUCUGUGUGCCUGUAGUAGUAGUGGGGGGUUCAAGGGUUCGGGGCGGGGCCGUCCAACUCCCCAUCUCAGAGGAGCCUCCAGACCUCGGUCUUUGGACGGUCCUCCAUUCGUACAUUUUUGUUGUUGUUAAUGUCUGUCAGUAUGUACACGUUAUGUAUGUAUCUAUGGAAAAUAAAUUACUUACUUACUAUGUACAUGUCAUAAUUGCACUCCACUGAAUUGGUACUCCUUGUAUUGCAUGAGGUCUCCUAAAUAAAGAGUGUGUCCAGUGUA